AAAAAAACCGAAGCUUAGUUUUAAAAUAAUUAACGCAAAGAUUAUAUAUCGAUUGCACGUAUUUAUGGGUACAUUUUACAUUUUGCUAUAAAUUGUUUCAGGUUAGCGGUAUUCUUUAGAUUGUUUUUCUUGCAUUAUAUUAAUAACGAAUGAAUCAAUCAAUCUUUAUUAUUUAUAUAGCGCAUUUCCAAGAUCAAUCGCCCCAAAGCGCUUUACAUAGAUAAAAACAUUGACACAUAUUUAAAGAAGUAGCACGAACAAACAAACACAAUGCUUUGUCAAAAUAAUGUUAUUAAAUGCAAUCCAGUCCCGUGCACAUUUGUAGCUGUAACACAUUACACGGAUAAUUAACAAAUUAAUUGAUAUGACAGGACAUUAUAAUUAGACCAAUAUUGUCAGCUUCAAAAGGACAUAUGUUUUUAAUUACUAAAUUCAAACUAUUUAGGAUAUUGUUAGGUGGUUUUAAAAAAUGUAUUUUCAUUCUAGCCAUCUCCGCCAUGUUUACAGUAGGCGGGGGUGUUGCUUUCACAGCAGCAGGCCAGCCCAUUGCAAAACCAUUGUCUAUUCAUUGGCUUGUUUUAGGAAGCAGGGCUGGUUUUGCAUGUCGUGUUUUUGUUUAAAUCUCAGGCGCGAGGCGGAGCGGGGUGUAAGCAUUUUCCAAAUAAGGUGCUUGAUUUCUGUGUAGAGUAACCUAGUACUGCAAUAGUUUGGAGGUGUUGCUUAGCUAUAUUAGCGUGUCAAUAACAUUUUUUCCAACCCAGUUUUAGAUGCCAAGUAUCACAAACGGAGCACAGUGCACAACAGAACACAAGAAAAAUAAUACAAUAUGGUUUCAAAAAAGAUUAGAACUGAGUAUAUGAAGAAAUUUAAAGACCCCAAAUGGGAUACUUAUUCCAAGUGCUAUGAAGAUAUGCUAAAGUACAGAUUGACCAGAAGGCUUUUGGAACAGGCACAUAACCCUUGGAUGUGGGAGGGUUGGGAGAAUAGCUCGGACUCCAGUGGCAAAUCUACUCCUCAGAAUGGGAAAAAGAUAGAACCCUUAAAAGAGGAAGCCACAAAGGAAACAGAGAAAAAACUGACAGAAUUACCUGAAAGUGAAACCACUCCAAAAGAAGUGCUUGAAUCUAAAGUCUCUAACGGAAAAGAAAGAGAUGAAUUGCAGCAAGAGGAUAACGCUUCAGAGAUAUCACAUGCCACAGGGAAAGUCUCAGUAAUUGAGGGCCAGGCAACGGGUGAAGACAGAAAGACAGCAGAGAUGAAAAAAAAGGAGAGAUCCCAAGAGCAGGACCAAAGUGGCAGUGUGUCAGCAUGCGCUCGCAGCAGUCACAAAUCCACUAAAAGCAAGAGCCAGCAGCCUGACCCUGCAGAGACGGACAAAGAAAACAAGCACCCGUUUGCACUGUAUGGUUGGGCAGAGAAAACGUGUGAGACAGGGCACAAGAAAACCCACAACGUCUGCCCUUCAGCUUCCACAAAGGAGAUCCAUGCAUCUGCAUUGCGAGCCAAGACCAGGCGUGAGAUAGAGAAGAGAAUGAAAACAGAGAGAAGACGGGCUCGGUCAGCUGAACUGGAGAAGGCACAAAGAGACAAGUCUCCCCCAGCAGAUAACCCAUGGGUGACAGAGUACAUGAGGUGCUUUUCUGCAAGGACUCGGUGAAAUUGGUAAACAAGUUAACUCCCGAAGUGCCCUGUACACAAACAGGGACCGAACUGUAAGGUUCGGUCACAGGUUCUUUUAAGGGGGUGGUCUAAUGUAUAGUACCUAUUUAACUGACCUGAAUUCUGCUUCCUAUUCGUGUUCACUUUUCCAGAUGACGGUAUUGCCUUGAAAACUUCUGUUUAUACCUUCAGAAUUUGCAUAUGUGUUAUUAAUUAUCAUAUAAUAAUGUUUCUGCAUUCAUGAAUAUGUGGCAAGUCACCAGCAUGCUGGCUAAACAAAAAACAGAGAGAAAUGUAAAUCAUUUUAUUAGCAAUUACAAAAUAUUUUGUAUUAAUCCAGGAGACUUCUAGUUCCUGUGCAAGUGGUACCUGAUAUUUAGUAAAAUUAAAAAGAUAGAGACCUCCCUUUUUACUCAUUGCAUAUAUUUUGCAAGUUUACACAUUCUAUAAUUUCAAUGCACCGGUAAUCGCUGUAUGAGAAAUGUAAAAGCAUAAUUUAAAACUUCCAUAUGCCAUUAUCAGGAACAUUCCUUGAGAUACAUCUUAAUGAUCAUAAUUACUUCUCAAUUACAGGCUUACUUAAAGGUAAUAUAGAUGAUGUUUUUAGUGGUGUGAUUUAUGUAUUUCUGGUAUUUAUACAAACAGAUCCACUGACAUGCAUUUUUUAAUCAUUUAAUAACAAGGAGAUCUAAAAGUGUACCAAUCUAAUACAGUACAUGCAAUUGAAACAGGAGCCUGUGAUCAAAGGCUUCUUUUCCGAUUACUGGACAUUACCGCGAACCCACCACUAUGUGACCCUGUACAGCGCUACCCCCACCACGCGCACCCACCAGUAAUGCC